GGGAGGCACAACGGGAGCGGCGGCAGCGAGGAGGAAGACGAAGAGGCCGCCUUCGGCCUCGGCCCCGCCAUGCCGGGCCCCACCGGGGAGCGUGGCCCGGCGGCAGCGGCUCCCCGCGGGCUGUGAGCGGCCCGGGGCCGAAGGGGAGCCCCGGGAGGAGCUGUGGGGGCGCUCCGGCCGGAGGGGGGGCCCCGAGCGGCAUGGCCAGCCCCGUCCCCCCCGCCGCCGCCGCUCGCACCGGGAUUUAACCGGGGCUUGGAUGCUCUCACCUCCCGCUCCCACUUCGGGAGGGCAUGUGCGCGGGGGAAGCGGGCCGCCCCCAGCCGAGCCCCCCCGCGCCCUGACUCCGCCGUGAGGGGCUCGGCCGCCAGCCCCGUCCCGCCGCCGGCCCCGGAGGACGGGGAGCGCCCGCCCCGGCCCCCCCUGGCCGGUGGGUACCGGGCGGGGGGCGCCGGGCACCGGCAACUUGCGCUCAGCGUCCGGCGGCACCGACCGGGGGGAGCCCCCCCUCGACCCGACGAGAUUUGGGUUUAAACUUUGGCUUUUGGGGAGCCCCGAAGAUGCCUUUCCACCCGGUGACGGCGGCGUUGAUGUACCGGGGGAUCUACACCGUCCCCAACAUCCUCGCCGAGCAGCGCCCCGUGGAGAUCCCCGAGGAUGAGCUGGAGGAGAUCCGCGAAGCCUUCAAGGUGUUCGACCGCGAUGGCAACGGGUUCAUCUCCAAGCAGGAGCUGGGCACGGCCAUGCGCUCCCUGGGGUACAUGCCCAACGAGGUGGAGCUGGAGGUCAUCAUCCAGCGCCUCGACAUGGACGGUGACGGGCAGGUGGACUUUGAGGAGUUUGUGACACUGCUGGGGCCCAAGCUCUCCACCUCGGGCAUCCCAGAGAAGUUCCACGGCACCGACUUCGACACCGUCUUCUGGAAGUGUGACAUGCAGAAGCUGACGGUGGACGAGCUGAAGCGGCUGCUGUACGACACCUUCUGCGAGCACCUGUCCAUGAAGGACAUCGAGAACAUCAUCAUGACGGAGGAGGAGAGCCACAUGGGCACGGCCGAGGAGUGCCCCGUGGACGUGGAGACCUGCUCCAGCCAGCAGAUCCGCCAGACCUGCGUGCGGAAGAGCCUCAUCUGCGCCUUCGCCAUCGCCUUCAUCAUCAGCGUGAUGCUCAUCGCCGCCAACCAGGUGCUGCGCAGCGGGAUGAAGUAACGGGGCAGCCCCGCCGCAGAGACAGCGACAGCGACAGCGAGGAGGAGACACCUAUAAAUAUCUAUAAAUAUCUCUAUGUCCAUCCAUCUGUGGCCCAGAGACGUGACCCCCCAGCCCCGGGCGGGGGGCGGCCGAGGGGACAGAGCCGCGCCGGGGCCCCGCCGUGCCGGGGCAGAGCACGGAGACUUUGGCACCGACACCGACACGCCGACCCCCCCUCGCCAGACACAAUCCGACCCGUGAGUGCAUGCGACGUGCAUGGAGCCCCGUGAGCCCCCUCCCGCGGCGGAUCCCGUGGGAUUCUCCGCUCUAGCGUUAGAGCUCUCGUAUUUAGGAUAAACCAAAUCAUCCCCUAAGCAAUACACGCGCCUGAGAUGGUUCCUAGAGCCGGGAGCGUUUGCAUGGACUUGGCUGCCAAGGGCUGGAUUCCACCCCCCCAGAGCCCCUCCCUGUCCCCGUGCCUCGGUGCGGGGACAUUCCUGACCUCCUGCUUGAUGCACUUUGAGCCGACCCCUCCUUGGGAAGAGCCGGAGCGACCCCGAGGCCGGGGAGCCCCGCACGCCCCGGAACCCCCAGCCUGUAUGUAGCACCCACCUGGGCACGGACUGGUUCGGAUUUGGGGCCCUUUCUCAUUCUUUGGGGUUUUUGGGGUUUUUGGGGUUGUGGUUUUGUUUUCUUGUUUCUGGUUUUGGUUGGUUUUUUUUUUUUUUUUUUGUUCUUCCUGGUUGGUUGUUUCCGAUCUGAAAUAAAACUGGGAUUUCUGAAGCGCU